AUGAAUUCUCGGGUGCUCGCAAUUGCAUUGGCGGUGUUGGUGGCAAUCACAUAUGCACAACAACAAAAUGAAAUCGAUCAUGAUAUGGAAAAGAGAAAAUCGGCAUACAUGCGAUUCGGACGAUCGGAUCCGAUGGAGAUGGAGAAGCGAAAGAGCGCAUAUAUGAGAUUCGGCAAGCGAUCUGGAGAUUUGGAGGAGUUUUCCGCCGAUGACGACAUCGAAAUGGAGAAGAGAAAAUCGGCCUAUAUGAGAUUCGGCAAACGCGAUGCUCCAGAAGAUUUGAUGACGGCCGAAAAGCGGAAAAGCGCCUACAUGAGAUUCGGUAAACGCUCGGGAGACUUCGAACUUGUGGAUGAGCCGGAGCACGAGCUCUUUAAGAGAAAGUCCGCCUACAUGAGAUUCGGCAAGCGAUCAAUCGAAGAGGACCACGAUAUGAUGAAGAGAAAGUCGGCAUAUAUGCGGUAA